AUGAUCACAGGAUGUUGCCUAUGCGGAAGUGUUCAAUACGAACUCCGCGGCGAUCCAAUUAAUACCGUCAUGUGUUUCUGUAACAACUGCCGCAAGUCGACCGGAUCCAUUGGAAUGGCCAAUAGCUGGUACAGCAAAAAGGCGAGUGCGACGCCCAGCUUUGUUGGAGCUUUCAAAAUCACCAAGGGUGCCGGUGCACUGCGCACCUACAAAGAUCAUGCGACAGACUCUGGAGGGACCGUUGAGCGGUCAUUUUGCUCCAAUUGUGGAUCGCCGAUGAUUGCAGAGAACAGGAGCAAAUUUCCAGACGCCGUGAUUGUCACUUAUGGUACCAUGGAGCUUGAGACGGGGAAGAUGUGGAAGCCAGAACUCGAGUUCUUUUGCAAACGCAAGGCAGACUGGCUGGAGACACCAGUAGAGACGGUGAAGUUCCAUGAACUUUGA